AUGGAGCGGUUCCUGGCCCUGCUGCGCCUGCUGGGCAGGAGGAGGCGAGGGAGGAGGUACCGGGCGGAUGACGAUUACCAGGAAGGCUACGAAGACGUUUACUACUACACCAGCAAGUACAACACACACCUACUGAAUGAGGGGCCGUACACCAAACACUCUGCCGGGUCGCGACCUCCAGAUGGAGCGCUGGCCAUCAGGAGGCAGAGUAUACCAGACGAGUUCCGAGGCUGCUCGGUGGUGGAGCUGAUGAAGAAGGAGGGGACGACGCUCGGGCUGACGGUUUCGGGAGGCAUCGACAAAGACGGGAAGCCCCGGGUUUCGAACCUGCGACAGGGAGGCAUCGCUGCCAGGAGUGACCAGCUGAACGUUGGCGACUACAUCCGCGCCGUUAACGGCAUCAACCUGGCCAAGUUCAGACACGACGAGAUCAUCAGUCUGCUGAAGAAUGUCGGGGAACGAGUCGUCCUGGAGGUCGAGUACGAACUGCCGCCUGUCUCGGUGCAGGGGUCAGGGGUCAUGUUCAAGAACGUAGAAGUUACGCUUCACAAAGAAGGAAACAGUUUCGGCUUCGUCAUCAGAGGUGGGGCCCAUGAAGACAGGAACAAGUCUCGCCCCAUCGUCAUAACAACCAUCAGACCAGGUGGUCCAGCUGACAGAGAAGGUACCGUAAAGCCGGGCGAUCGGUUGCUCAGCAUCGACGGGAUUCGUCUCCACGGCAGCACGCUCUCAGAAGCCAUGAGCAUCCUGAAGCAGUGCGGGCAGGAAGCCACGCUACUGCUCGAGUACGACGUCUCAGUGAUGGAUUCUGUUGCCACGGCGUCGGGGCCGCUGCUGGUGGAGGUUGCCAAGGCGACAGGCUCCAGUCUGGGUGUGGCUCUGUCCACCUCCAUGUUCUGCAACAAGCAGGUCAUCAUCAUCGACAAGGUCAAACCAGCCAGCAUAGCAGACAGGUGUGGUGCUCUGCAUGCAGGAGAUCACAUCCUGUCUGUUGAUGGGAAGUCGAUGGAGUUUUGUUCUCUGGCUGAAGCCACUCAGCUGCUCUCUGCCUCCUGUCAGACCGUCCGCAUGGAGAUCCUGCCACAACACCAGGCCCGACCGGCCCUGAACGCACCACAGCACGCUCUUAGCCACUCGUUCUCUCCCGGCUCCAUGUCGGCCUAUAGUCUCUCGUCCCUCAACAUGAGCACUCUGCCCAGGAACAUGUAUCCCACGAGUCCACGGGGCACGCUGAUGAGGAGGAAGGCCAAGAAGAAGGACUUCAAGAGUUCCCUGUCUCUUGCGUCCAGCACCGUCGGCCUCGCCGGUCAGGUCGUUCACACGGAAACCACGGAGGUGACGUUGCUCGGUGAUGGCAUCAUGGGGUUCGGCCUGCAGCUACAGGGUGGCGUCUUCGCCACGGAAACGCUCUCCUCACCACCGCUCAUCGCUUACAUUGACCCCGACAGCCCGGCUGAGAGGUGUGGUAUCCUGCAGAUCGGUGACAGGAUUUUGUCCAUAAAUGGAGUUCCUACUGAAGACUCGACUCUGGAAGAAACCAAUCAGCUCCUCAGAGACUCGUCCAUCACCGCUCAGCUCACACUGGAGAUUGAGUUCGACGUGGCUGAGUCGGUCAUCCCCAGUUCAGGAACGUUUCAUGUGAAGCUCCCAAAGAAACCAGGAGUGGAGCUGGGAAUCACCAUCAGCUCUCCGUCCAACAGGAAAGCAGGUGAUCCUCUCAUCAUCUCUGACAUCAAGAAAGGCAGCGUCGCUCACAGGACGGGAACGUUGGAGUUGGGAGACAAGCUGCUGGCCAUCGAUAACAUCCGGGUGGAGAACUGCUCCAUGGAGGAAGCCGUUCAGAUCCUGCAGCAGUGCGAGGAGCUCGUCAAACUGAAGAUCCGAAAAGACGAAGACAACUCAGAUGAACAGGAAGUGUCCGGCAGCAUCAUCUACACGGUGGAGCUGCAGAGGUACGGAGGCCCGCUGGGAAUCACCAUCUCAGGCACCGAGGAGCCCUUUGACCCCAUCAUCAUCUCCUCACUGAGCAAGGGAGGGCUGGCUGAGAGGACCGGUGCGAUCCACGUAGGGGAUCGUAUUCUGGCCAUCAACAGCAGCAGUCUGAAGGGGAAACCUCUGAGUGAAGCCAUCAGUCUGCUGCAGCAAGCAGGAGAGACGGUCACACUGAAGAUCAAGAAGCAGGGAGAGCUGUCAAGCCCAAAGUCCUGCGUGAUUGGUCCAGGCUUGGGGCCAGGGGCGGGGCUUAGCCAGGAGCUCCAGGACGGGGAAGAGGAGCCUGUUGUCAUGGUCACGCCUCUGUCAAACCAGAGAGCGUUUAGCACGCUGCCGUCAGUCGACAGCGCUGUGGAGUCCUGGGAUGGAUCCAAUGUGGACAGCAGCUUUACCACCCCGGCUCCUCCAUUCCAGUCGUCUCCAUACAGUUUCCACGAGUGGCGCAACGCCAAGACAACCAACAGCCAAACAUCUUCCUCCACUCGCCAGAGAGCCAAUCCGUUGUCAGAUCUGGGUCUGAGUGACGACGACUGGGACCGCCCACCGCUUGGAGGGUUCACUGUGGGGCAUGAUGGGACUGAGCCGGACCAGGAAGAGAACUUCUGGUCUCAGGCUCUGGAGGAUCUGGAGACCUGCGGCCAGAGUGGUAUCCUCAGAGAGCUGGAGGUGAGAAGUACUGUGACAGCUAGUAUUAUUACACUAGUCCUGUUAGCAACCAUCAUGUCAGGCUCCAGCCUUAGUCUGAACCAUGACCCCACCCCCCUGCGCAGCACACUGGGUCGCCAGGCAAGCUUCCAGGAACGCAGCAACUCCAGACCGCACUAUUCUCAGGUGACAGCUCGGUCCAACACCUUGCCCUCUGACCCCCAGCGCCGAGCCUUUGCCAUGAGGAAGAUGAGGCAGGAGGUCAAUGAGAUCCUAAACCAAAACCCUGUGGAACUCCACAAGUUGACUCUAGAGAAGGCCUCAGACCUGGAGGAUUUUGGUUUCAGUGUUUCUGACGGUUUGUUGGACCGUGGCGUUUACGUUAGCAACAUCCGACCGGGAGGUCCAGCAGAGCGGGGCGGCCUCCGAGCCUAUGACCGAAUACUACAGAUUAACCACGUACGGACCAGGGACUUUGACUGCUGCCUCGUUGUUCCACUGAUUGCAGAGUCUCCAAACCAUCUGGAGCUCGUCAUCAGUCGAAACCCCUCUUCCUCCUCCCUGCUCGCCAAUCAUACUGACAGCACUACCAACAGCAGCCACUCCCCUCAGCCAGUCGGCAGCGAGCUGGGACCAUCAGAGCUCUCCGUUGGCCAAGGAGACGAUGGUGGUCCGAUCAAGUGGAGCCAACCGGGAGACGGGCUGGUGUCAGGGUUUGGCGUGGGGCAGGUGAAUAAUAAAUCAUUAUAGCAAACAAAAACUGGAUGAAACUGGAUUAAGCCAGUUCUAACCAAACUGGACUGGAGAGGUCAACAAGGAAAACAAUGCAACAAAGUUGAAUUAAACUGGUUUAGAACCAUCCAAACUGGUUCGGAGUGGACCCCCCAUGGUGCUACACGCCCUCUGGAUGAACUUUGACCCCUGACCACUAAAGUUUGACCUUUGAACUGCUAAAGCAGCCUGAAAGCACACUGAUGGACUUUAGCAACUUCUCACCUUUUCACCUGAACCAGUUCUGAAUACUGGUUCUACUGGUAUCACUGGAACCAGAACUACAACUAUUGAUCCGACUGGAACCACAGGAGGUAGCCUCGUGCCAUGGCAACUGAUUCCAUUGAAACCAGAGCCACAGUCAAUGGUUUUACUGGUGUAAGAUUAAUGGUUGCUGGUUCUGCAAGCCUAGAAGUAGGGCUACUGGUCCUGCUGAAACCAGACCCACAGGCAAUAGUCUUAUUGGUUCAAGUCAUGUGGGCUUUUGUCUUAGUGGUUUAAGAAUCAUGGCUACUGAUUCCAUUUAAGCCAGAGCCAUAGCCAGUGGUCUGGUCCAAGACACAUGGGCUCUGGUCUUAGUAGCUACGGAAACAUGACCCCACUGGAGCCACAGCUAAUGGUCUUACUGGUCCAAGACACGUGUGCUCUCGUCUGAGUGAACGCCGACCCAUGGGCACUGGGCCAGCUAAAGCCAGAACCACAGAGAGUGGUCUUACUGGUCCAAGGCAUGGUUCUUGUUCGUAGUCGUUUGUACUAAGCCACAGACAUGACCACUCCAGAGCUGUGGCUCCUGGUCCAUCUGGUCUUACUGGAACCAGAACCAUGGCUUCUGGUUGUACUUGCCAAGAACCACAGCAGCACAAAGACUGAUGGGACUCCAGAAUCCAGAAACUUCUGAUGGACAGAAAGGUUGCCAAGGAGAGUAGGGAUGCUCCGAUUAGGCUGUUUAGGGCUGAUGUCAUUGGGUUUGUCUAAACCAUUACUGUCUGGUUUCUGUUCUUCAGCAUUUAAAGGAAAGCUUCCUGCCUAAAAAUCCCUUUCUAAGUCCACCACUGUGAUUUAUAUCAAAGUCUUAACCUCACUGGGCCAAAACAUAUUACGAUAUUCUGCUGUUGCUUGUGUUGAAAGUUACUAUCAGUAAAUCCUCAACCUCUCUACAUUUGAAUUAAAGGAAGGAGUUUGAGCUUUCCAGUCCAUCAGGUCUUAGUAUGGAUCCCACCAGGGUUGUGGAUGGAAGUGUUACUGGUCCUGAAGGUUGGGUUUAGGCAUCGAAUAAAAGAUGGUUAUGGCUGAGUGCCAGUGUUGAGAUGGUAAUGUUUAAGUAUGAAGUGGAAAAUGGUUACGUUCAAAAUUAGACGUGGGCGGGGUUAGGUGAGGGUUUGUUGUGGGUCAAGUUAGGAUAAAAAUCUUGAAAGAUGAGAUCCAUAAGACCACAACAGGAUGCAGUUGCUUGAAUUUUAUUCUGACAUGCUGAGCAAUCCUGCAAAAUUCUAAGACAUCCAAAAUAUUUAGAAUUAGCUAGACAAAUAUACAAUUUGCUUUCUUAACUUUUUUUUUUGAAGGUCGAGAGUAAACUUUGAGCCUCAGCUUUUAUUUCAGCAUGGACAAGACAUCCUUAAAUUGAUGCAUUAAUGCUUUUGAAAAAUGGAACUUUGAACAUACAAUUCCAUGAAAACUGUGCAAACGCCACCAGAAUUUUUUUUUCCAACACAAUUUUUCAAUUUUUAAGUGGACUUGGGUAGAAAAUAAGUUUAUAUUUCUCAAAGUAUUGAUAAAGUAUGGUUUAUUGAAUCAGUAUUGACAAAUUUGAAAUGAUAACCAGUACAAGUGGGGGGAAACAGGCAGCCAUGAUAGAUUUGACAAAAUUAAAACACAGUGUGAAAGACUUACUUUUUUAUUGUAAAUUCUAAGCAUGGGCUAUAUAACAGUAGUGGACAAAGCCUCCUGGUAUGAAAAGUGAAGCCAAUGCAGAAGUGCCUUGCAUUCUUUCUAAUGGCCAGCAGGGGGCGGAUCCACUGGUUGCAAAAAUAAGUGAGCCUGUCGUCUGAGAAAAUGACCCCACUUCUCACUUUAUUUAUUACCUCGGUAAAUAAUUUCCUAAUAAAUGUAUGGUCUCAAGUCUUCUUACGGCAGGAUGUUCAUUUUAUAAAUUAUGGCACCAUUUGGAAUGAAAUAGAUAAGACAGGGUAUGCUUUAGGGCAUGGCUAACCUUAUGAUUGACAAGUCGCUACCACAGCAACCUGUCCAUCAGGAUACAGGCGUAGUAAUGCACAUCCAUAGCACUGUGUACAAUUAAAUAACCGUGAACUUGUUUUUGGGUGGUGUUCAUGUUUUCAUCACAGAAGCCUGCAGUGUCUUGCUUCGCAUUUGGCAGCAUCAGAAGACACUUUAAGAGUCAACUGUUAAUUUUUCCCAAGAAGUACAUUUUGAUUUAAGCCUGUUUUUUGCCAGGCAAAAUUAGCAUCCAGGUUAAUAUCAAAGUGAAUGUGAAGUGUCGAUGCAUCUUCCGAACCAAGCUAGCUAGUUACUGCUAGCGUUCUGACUCCGAAAAACCCACAUGACAUCGGCCAAAAUGCCAAACUUGAGGCUUCAAAAUGAUAGUCCUCAAACCAGUUGGAGGCGUCACAGUGGCCACGCCCACUUCUUUUAUACAGUCUGAUUUUAAAAGAAAUCAAGUCGUAUCCGAGAAUUAUCAGCCGACACUGAUCGGAGCAUCCCUAAUGAAAUGGACAUAAAGACAGAAGUUUACUGUUAACAUUUUAGUUCUGUGCCAUGAACGAGCUGCAGACUGGAAGAGUAAUAAUAAUCAUGUUAACAAUAAUGACGAUGAUGAUGAUGAUGAUGAUGAUGACACUGAGCAGUUCAAUAAGAAUCUUUUUCUACUGUUUACACCUGUUGGACUGGCCACACUGUGUGUAUGUAUGUGUGUGUGUUUGUGUGUUUGUAUGUUAUGUGUGUGUGUCAAACACAAGGCCAGUUAACCCCCUCCAACCUCAAUUCUUCGUCUUGGCUUUGUCCCAGCCCCACUUCCUCCGUCGACCAAUAGGCAGCCAGGAUGACAGACAGACAGCAGUUCUGAGAGAUUCAGCUGAUUGGCUGGAACCAAUCAGAAAAGAAAAACCUUCCCUGCCUGUCCGUGAUUGGGUCUCCUCAACACACAAACUGACCAAUCAGCUCCCAGGAAGAGGCCAAGCAUGCCCCCACCCUGACUCCCUUGACCCCCCCCCCAGUAACAGUGAUCUAUUAUGCUAAUCGAUCGGUGUGUUUUUUGAUUGACUUGUCAGUUUUCUCUGUUUGUUUGUUUCCAUGGCGACUGAACAUGAAAAGAUGUAAAAUAGAUUAAAAAACGGUUCAGUCCCAUCGCUGUUCACAUCGAAACCAUCAAACCCUGAAAACCUUCACCUCAUAACCACGAAAACAACGAUGUUACACGAGAAAAAACUCCUGAUAAAACAGGAAACCUGUGACAGUAAAUACCUGUGUGUGUGAGUGUGAGUGUGAGUGUGUGUGUGUGUGCGUCUGCGUGUGUGCGUGUUUAUUUUGGAGUGAUGUCAACAUCUGCCUGCUCUCACCUCAGUCUGAACUCACUAUUUAAACUGGCCAAUCAGCCCUCCCUCAGCACCAGUUGCCAGGAGAAACCCUCCCCGUGUUAAACAACCAAUAGCCCUUUUCUAAAGGUCCUGUGCUUUGGAGAGCUUUGAUUGGCUGUGACUGUGCAGCAGCUGUGAUUGGCUGUUUAUGUGUGGAUAGUUGUGAUUAGCUGCUUGACUCUGUCCCAAACUUUGUUAACUGUGAUGUUUUGAAUCUGAAGCACAAUGCUAGCAUGUAGUUAGCAUGUGGCUAGCAGACAAUAAGCACAGGGCUAGUAUUAGUCUAUUGUGGCUACCAUAGGGUAAACACACACACACACACACACAGCACAAGGCUAAUACUGGCUAUGGUUACCAUCUAGCAAACAUAUGUUUGCCAUCUGGUUAGUACAUGGUGAGAGCACAGUAAACACAAGGAUGACAUCUAGCCACCAUAUCAAGAUGUUAGCACAAGGCGAGCCAAGGGCCAACACCUCACUAACAUAAUGUUUGGUGAGCACACACCUAGCAAAAGGCUAAGAUAAGACUGACAUCUGAAAAACACAUAAUAUUUGGCUAGCAUGUAGCUAACACAGGGCUAACACCUGGCUAACAUAGGUUAUAUGUGGUCAGCACACACUUAAGACGAGGCAAACAGAGGACUGCAGCUGGUAAACUUAGCUAGUAUUCAGGUAGUAUUCAGCUACCGCAGGGCUAACACCUGAGUAACAUAACCACUUGGUAGAACAUUGCCAGUGCAAGGCUAACACAGGGCUAGCAAAUGGUAAACAUUGCCGAUGUUUGGCUAGCACACAGCUAACACUGAACUAGCAUCUGGUAAAAAUUGCUUAUAGUUGUUAAGCAUAUAGCAAAAGCAGCUAACACAACAUGGUGUUAGCAUAGGGCUAACACAGUUGGUUUAGCUCAAUAAUAACAGUACUGGUACUCAUUUAGCACAUGGUCAACAUAGGGCUAAAACAACUAGUAUUCACUUGGCACAUGGUUAGCAUUCACCAUGUUAUGGCUAACAUUACACAAAAACUCCACUCAAAAACCUAUUGAUAGUGAUGAGUAAAACAGCCUUGCCAGGAGAUUUAGCGCUGUUAGCAUUUUAGCGCUUAGCCGGAACAAACUGUUCCACCAAUGGGAAAAAGCCACAGAGCUGAGGGGUGUGGCUUCAGGAGGGCUUGAUGGGUGAGAUCUAAAGCCAUACACACUGUGUUUGUGCACAUGUUUUGACUGUGUGUGUGGGUGUGUGUGUGCAUGUGUGUGUACACGUGUUAGAGUGCGCAUUUGUAUAUUUGUGUGUAUGUGUGUGAGUGUGUAACAUUGCAGGGAUUUGCACUCUAGUGAUUCACCUCAGCAAGACGUCCGCCCACACGCACCCACACACGCACACACACAUGCACACACACAUGCAUUACACUGCCAUUUGAAAUAGUGGGUCAGAUUAGUUUCCAUGUAGCUUCACCAACCAACCAAACUGUAUUUUUCUUUAAAGGAACAGGGAUGUUGUAAAGUAUUUUUGUACAAAUUUAAUACUUUGGUAGCAUGACGUUCCUGGUGUUUGUCCUGUCGGGCUCCACUGCUCUCCUCCACCCCCCUUUAUAUGGACGACUACUGAGCAACAAUAAAGA